AUGGCAUAUCCAGGAAUAUUUCUGGGACAAAAAAGACCUGAUGAAAAAAAUAGACUAAGAAGUGUUUACUACAGUGAAAUAUGUAAGUCUGAAUUGAGAAGAUCAGACCGUCGAGCUGCCAAUUGCGUGGAAAAUAUAUUUUUCAAAGCUAAAAAAUUACAAAUGAAACUUUUGAUUGGACAAUCACAAAUUGCUCUGAGAAAAAACAAAAUGGGAAAUCGAACACUUACUGCUGGAGAAUUAAAAACGCAAGAAGGUUUGCAAAGCUUGAUAAACCAUGAUGAUGGUUUCAGAUUCUUGAAAACUUUAAGAGGUUCGCCUCCUUACUUUGAAAAAGCCAAAAAAGACUUGUUUGCCAUGAUUCGCCAGUUAGGACCUGCAUCAUUAUUUUGCAGUUUUUCUUCAGCGGAAACAAAAUGGAAUCAUUUAUUAAGAAUUCUCGGUAAACUAAUUGAUCAGCGGAAUUAUAGUGAUGACGAAUUAAACAAUCUUACAUGGGAGGAGAAAUGUCGACUGAUUCAAAGUGACCCAGUAACAUGUGCGAGACACUUUGAUUUUCAGUUCAAUACUUUCUUAAAAGAUGUGUUAAUGAGUGAACUUGUCCCGAUAGGGAAAAUUAAAGAUUGGUUUUACCGAGUUGAGUACCAGCAGCGUGGUUCACCUCACAUACAUAUGUUGAUAUGGCUUGAAAACGCACCUGUGUUUGGUGUUGAUAAAGAUGAAGAUGUUGUUGCGUACAUUGAUAGCAUUAUUACGUGUAGGAAACCAAAUAGCGACCCAGAAUUACUUGAUCUUGUUAACCGACAGACACACAGGCAUUCCCAUACUUGCAGGAAAAGGUCUAAAAAUAUUUGUACAUUUAACUACCCACAACCACCAAUGGGGUCCACUCAGAUUCUGUACCCACUUGAUGACAAUACACCUCCGACUGUUGUCAAAAGCAGUAAAGAAUUGUGGAAAAAUAUUAGGGGCAAGCUAAAUGAUCUUAAAGAAGGUAAAAACAUUACAUUUUCUGAACUUUUAGAAGAGUUAGACGUUUCGGAACGUCAAUAUUACCUUGCAAUUCGAUCAUCUUUAAACUGUCCAACAUUAUUUUUAAAAAGAAGUCCAAACGAAUUAAGGAUAAAUAAUUACAAUCGUACAUGCCUUCAGGCAUGGAGAGCUAAUAUGGAUAUUCAAUAUGUCUUAGAUGUGUAUGCAUGUGCCAUGUAUAUUGUUUCAUAUAUUUCCAAAGCUCAAAAGGGAAUGAGUGAAUUACUACGCAAAGCUGUUGAAGCAAAACAGGGAAACACAAACAUAAAACAGCAAGUUCGUGAUAUUGGAAACAAGUUUUUGAAUUCUGUAGAAAUUUGUGCACAAGAAGCAGUCUAUGUAGUUCUGCAACUUCCUAUGCGAAAGGCAUCACGUAGUGUCAUUUUUAUUAAUACAUCUCCUCCUGCUGAACGAGUCGAGUUGCUAAAACCUUUGAGUGAAAUAGAAAAAAUGUCAGACGAAUGCGAAGAAAUACAAUCUGGUGGGCUUUUAAAAAGAUAUGUAGAACGACCUGAAUGUAUGCAAAAUACAACAUUAGCUGAUUGGGCGGCAUGGUAUGACUCCUGUAUUAUAUAUAGUUGCAGAAAAACAAACAAAAAGACCGACAUCGAUAAUCUCCCAAUGGAGAACAAUGAAGAAAAUAACGAUGACCAGUUAUUGGAAAAUAAUCCAGGUGUAAAUGCUACAAUAAGUAAAGCAGUAAAGAAAAGAAUUCAAGCGAGAAUAAUCCGAAGUGUCUGGUUCAAUAAAGAGGCUCAACCGAACAAACAUUAUCGUGAGUUGAUUAUGCUCUUUACUUCCUGGCGCAAUGAACAAAGUGAUUUGUUAAGAAAUUAUUCUUCCUUCGAGGAGCACUACUUGGCACGAAUUGAUGAGAUAAGGGAGCAAAUGCGACAGUAUGCUGUUUGUACUGAAGACUUAAAUGAAAUUGGACAUCACCUGCAGGAGUGUGAUGAUAAUGAUAUGUAUGAUACCAUAGCUCCUGUCACACAAGACGUUGAACGGCAAGAUGAAGAUGAAGGAUGUACUGAUACACAUCCAGAUUUAAAUGAAACAUUUGAUCAUCUUUCUGAAAAUUUGGGUAUACCAUCUACUCUGCGAAAUAAUGAUCCUCUCAUUUUGAAUGAAAUACAUGAUGACGAAUACAGAGCUUUAGUUCAGAUGCUGAACAAAAAGCAAAGAGAAUUCUUUUAUCAUGCCCUACAUAUCAUUAAGACAUCAGAUAAACCAUUUUAUGCUUUUCUCAGUGGAAGUGGAGGUGUUGGGAAGUCUCACCUUAUUAAAUCAAUUUACCAGGCAGCAAUGAAGUACUACAACACACGAGCAGGAGAAGAUUUUCGUCGUGUUCAAAUAUUACUGCUUGCUCCAACCGGAAAGGCUGCAUACCUUAUAAAAGGUAACACAAUUCACAGUGCUUUUGGCAUUCCAGCGAGUCAGUCACUGAAAAAUUAUAAACAAUUAGAUUCUGGCAGAUUAAACACGAUGAGAUGUGAAUUGGGUGCAUUAAAAUUAAUAUUGCUUGAUGAAGUAUCCAUGGUUGGAAACAGUAUGUUCACCAUUCAACUCAAUAAUCGUUUGAAAGAUUUAAAAGGUACCAAGGAAGACUUUGGUGGUGUAAGUAUAAUCACCAUAGGUGAUUUAUUUCAACUCAAGCCUGUAAUGGAUGGUUACGUGUUUACAGAUGUUCAAUGUUUGAAUUCGUACAAUAUUCUCGCUCCUAAUUUAUGGAGGAAAUACUUCCGAAUGUUUGAGCUCGAUGAGAUCAUGCGUCAAAAAGAAAGUAAGGAAUUUGCUGAGAUUCUUAAUCGACUUCGUGAAGGUAACCAUACACCUAGUGAUCUGAAAAAACUUCAACAGAGAUGCGUCGAAGAAAGUGAGUGUCCCACAGAAGCACCACGCUUGUUUAUUCAAAAUGCCUUGGUUGAUGACUAUAACGAUAAAGUUUACCAAUCAUUCGAUAAUGGCAAAUACACAAUCAAGGCACAAGACAGCGUCAUUGGAGCAUGUUCAGCCGAACUCAAGGAAAAGAUAAUGAGACAAAUACCGUUCGUACCUUUGAAAAAUUCCAAGCAGUUAGCUCUUAAACUGAAUAUAGCUGUCGGACAGCGAUCAGAAAUUGCGAUAAAUGUAUGCACUGAUGAUGGUCUGACAAAUGGCGCCAGUAAUAUUAUUAGACUAAUUCGAUUGACUAAUGAUAGCAAACCUUCUGGUUUUGUUUGGGUUGAGUUUGACUACGAAGAUGUUGGGAAGAAAACCCGACAAGAAAACAGAAAUCUUUUUGUAAGAGGUAUACCAAAUACUUGGACACCUAUCAAACCAGUUACAACGCAGUUUUCUGUUGGCAAAACAAAGUCAGCUCAAGUGGUAAGAAAACAAUUCCCUUUAAGACCUGCAUCGGCUAAAACUGUUCAUAGAUCACAAGGUGACACUCAGUCGCAAAUCGUUGUUAAUUUAAAUACAACGAGAGCAAUCCCUCAUAUACAUUACGUAGCUCUAAGCCGGGUAACAACAAUUGAAGGAUUGUAUAUAACUGAUCUCUGUGAAAGUAAGAUUUCGGUUGAUACAAAAGUCGUGCAAGAAAUGCAGUUGCUAAGAAAUGAGUAUAAGUUGGAUCUUUGUUUCACUCCUUUGUACAUGCUUAAUCGUUCGGACUUGAAGAUAUGUUACCUUAAUGCCAGAUCGUUGCAUAAACAUAUCCAAGAUGUACGAAAAGAUAUUAAUUAUUCAUCAGCUGACAUCCUAAUAUUCGCAGAAACAAGAUUUUGUUCGCAAGAUCCUGAUGAGAUGUACGAAAUUGAAGGUUACAGACUAUUUAGAAAUGACGAUACCUCAGAUUCCAAUCGUCCAUAUCAUGGCACUGCAAUUUACUCUAAACUUCCAAUGUUGAAUGGGUACCCUCGUGCACGAAAUGGUAACGGUAUCGAGUUCACUAUUAUAAAAACAGUUCAAUGUCCAGACUUGAUUAUAAUUGGAAUAUACAGGUCACCAAGAGUUGCUGUAUCAAGUCUUUUGACCACUCUUCGUGCCUGCAUUCUAGAAGAAAACCCCUCUUCUCAAGUCAUAAUCAUUGGAGAUUUCAACAUUAAUUGGUUAAAUGAAUUAGAGCGACGAUCACUGUACAGCCUUAUGAUCAAUGAACUUUCCCUCGAACAACUGAUAUCAACCUACACAACCGAUAAUAGGACAUUGAUUGAUCAUCUAUAUACAAAUUUAAAUAAAGGAGAAGUUCAUGCAGGUAUUCUUGAAACAUACUUCAGUGAUCACAAAGCAAUUUGGGCUUCUGUAAAGGUAAAGAAGUAA